AUGUCGUCGACACUCCCACAAGAUAUGAUUAUUGAUAUCCUUACGAGGUUACCUGUGACAUCCAUCUCAAGAUUUAAGUGUGUAUGCAAAUCAUGGCUUGACCUAUUUGAUGACAUACAAUUUCGCAAGUUGCAUUAUGAUCGUAUCAAUAUCCAGAAGAAAAGCAAUCUGAUUAAGAUUAUUGCUGGUAAGAGAAAUGACCUCUAUUCUAUAGAUGUUUAUGAUUCAGGAAAAGUAUCCGAGGUUGUUAAGAUAGUCGAUUACCCGUUCUACAAUGAAAAGUAUCGAGAAUCUGAUGAUAAUCUUGGUAUUUUAGGUUCUUAUAAUGGCUUAGUUUGCAUACGUCCUAGGUUCGAUCUUAUUUGCUUUUGGUAUCCAUCUACUAAAGACUACAGGAUUGUAUCGAAGGUGCAACAAACCGAAACGCCAUCUUCAUGGUGUAGGUUUGGAUUCAGUUAUGAUCUCAAGACUCUGGAUUACAAGUUGGUGAGUUUUGAAAGCUUUAUGGAUGAACGUCGUGGCUCUCAAAUCAUGGUCUAUUCAUUAGCAUCAAACUCGUGGAGUACUACUCCUUAUAACAUGCCGUAUACACUUGCUUGUCGAGCACGACCAAUAUCGUUAUACUUUAACGGAGCUCUUCAUUGGUUAACAGAUGACUCAAAGGUUCUCGUUUCUUUUGAUCUCGGUGAUGAGGUAAUUCGUGAAAUCCCAGGGCCAAUAACGAAUAAUUUUUUCGACGACAACCGCUAUCAUAAAUAUGUGGACGUGUUGGGAGGGUUGCUUUGCGUCAUAUGUAUCCUUUCAGGGGAUCGUGGCGAUGUGUGGGUUAUGGAGGAGUAUGGAGUGAGAGAAUCUUGGACUAAACGAUUCACCGUUCCUCAACGAACAAUAAAUUUUGUCUAUUUCAGGCCGAUAGAUUAUCUACUAAAUGGAGAGCAAAUUCUGUUAAGUGUUCGAUCACAGAAUACAUGUAGCAAUGUUUUAGUUUGUUAUAACCCGAAGAGUAAAAGGGCGAAAAUUCUAAAGACCCAUGACAGUGAUCCGGAAUGGUUCUUUGCCUAUACUUAUGAGGAGAGUUUGUUUUCCGUACGUCCUAAGCAGAGUUCAGUUGUUGGUAUUCGUCAUUAUUUGGGAGAUGAGCAAGUUGAACAAGAACCAUUGUUAAAACAUGAUCACAAGAGAAGAAAGCUUGUAAAUUAA